AUGGACUUUGCUCAAAUGGCAGGAGGAGGAGGCGGUGCCCCUCCGUCAGAACCCUCUGACGAUGGCAAGAUGAUGGAUUUGGGUGUAAAGAUUGCGUCGCAAGAGUGCUACGCCAAGAAUGUGGACUCUCGAUUUCCCAUGACAAAUCUGUUCAUUGGUGACACUCGACUGGGAUGCAAGAGUGACGCCGACGAACAGUUGAUUUUGCAUGUGUCCUUUCAAGAGUUUGUCAAGCUCCGCUCGAUCAAAUUCACCGAGUUCAACAACGGGACGGACCCCGAAAUCAAUCCGUCAAAGAUUCACAUCUUUUUGAAUCGCGAAGUGGGCUUUGAAGACUGGGAAGACGUGGAUCCGACGCAGACGGUGCACUUGACGGCGGAAGAUUUGAAAGAGACGGCCGAUCCGACACCACUCAAAUACGUCAAAUUCCAACGAGUGCGCAACAUUACCUUGUUCAUUGAAGACAAUGCCGGUGGAGACAUUUCCGCCUUGGGAGCGCUCAAAUUCAUUGGAAGGCCCGUCGAGACGGUCAACAUGGAUGAUUUCAAAGCCAAAAAGGGAUGA